AGUUUAUUGACCGAAGAAGGAGGGAAGUUACUGUUAGAAUGUCAUGGCGAACAAAAGAUAAAUAAGAAGACACAAUGACAAGCAAUCAAGUACAAAAGGUGUUGGGGUCAAUAUCAAAGUUAUUGGAAUGUGCAAUAUGCCUUGAUCUGCUGAAGAACCCUAUUGCAACAAGAUGCCAUCACCAUUUCUGCAGAUUCUGCAUCACAGAGUUUCUGAAGACCAAGACACAUGUGCCAUGUCCGCUGUGCAAGGAGCCAGUAACGAGAAGGAGUCUGCAGGAUCAAGACAGACUGUCGGACAUUGUGGAGCACGUCCGAGGUCUGAUCACAGCCUACCAAGAAGACACAGGGGAGUUUUUCAGCCCAUCUCGAGGUCACCUGGGAACAGACUUCUUCCCCUGCACCCCCGAGCCCAUCUUCCCAAGGGAGACAACUUCCAGCAAGAGACAGGCCCGGAGAGGUGGGAAGCAGGCCACAGGACGUGUUGACAGCCCAGGAGACGCAGUACCUGCAGGGAGUCAUGCCCAACAUGAAGAAACUACAGAAAAACUUGAGACUCGUCUACAUCCGCCAGCUCUUCACUUGAGAAACACUGGCAGCACUGGAACACGCAACAUCAGGAAGACGCGACGCAGUCGACAAGACCACGUGCCAUCGCAUGGAGGAGAGGAGCGAGUGGGAGACGGAGACAGACGGGAGUCAGAUGAGAGACGAAUGUCGGCUUUAGAGCAAGAGGGAGAGAAACUUGAGUCAGACGAGAGACAUAUGUCAGAUUUAGAGCAAGAGGCAGCGUUGUUGAAGUACCUUGUAGAAGGGUCAUGCGGAGUCAACAAGGGUAUGACUGUCGGUGGUUACAGUGUUGGUACAGACGAGGAUUCGUCCAUCAAGGUUUUGUCUGGCGUAGGUGGAACAGGAGAUGCUUCGGAUGAGAGGUCGACAGGUCAAAGGGAAGCGAGGGACGGUGAAGGAAAUGAUAAGUCUUGUGACGGGGCAGUGGUCAUUGAUGUGGAUGAAUGUUUAAAUAAUGAAACAAAGUCAGUAGAAGCUAAAACACUCGGAAAUAAGGAAAUUGUAGAAAGAAAGGGAGAUAACUCUUGUAUCGAAACAAUGGACAUUGAUAUGAACGAAUGUUUCAAAACUGAAACAAUAUCUGUAGGAAAUAGUAGCACAGUUGGAAGUAAGGGUUUCAGUCCUGUUUGUGUUGGUGUGGAAGAGAAGGAUGGCCGUCUGACCCGAACAUCAGAGAAACAUGUUUCCCGGAUUGAACAGAUUUUACAACUGACCCCAGAAACUGAAUAUGAGGGGGAAAGGUGUGGGUCGGAUGUUAGCGGCGAUGGGGGUCUGUUAUUUCAGUCUCAGGAAGUCAAGAAAAAGGAAAAACCAAUAAAAUCUAAACUCAGCAUCUAUACCGGACGGGCAGCAAGGGGAACCCCAGGAGGGAAGAACAAGAUCGAAGCAACACAGAAGUCUCAAUAUGAGACAGACUUUCAUGAAGGAAGUCCUCUCAGCAGCAUGGAUGCUCCCAACUUGACUAAGGACUUUCACAGUGUUGGUCCAGUGAAGACGUACAGCAAGGCUCAAGUGAGGAAGCAUCAAAAGUCAAGCAUGGUGGCACAGUGGAUAGAGGAAGCACAGCAUGCCACAGACAAAGGAAACUUCUCUCAGAAUGAUUCUCUGGCUAGUAACCAUUGCAACAUGGUGUCAAGGAAUACAGAGAACUGUGAACCGAUUGCGAUUAAUGUAGACAGUGAAGUUGAAAACUUUGGAUUCAGCAUUUCUGAGAGCGAUGCAGCUGGGGGAUCAAGACCAAAUGUUGCUAAUUCGGUUGAGGGAAUUCAAGAAUCAAGGCAAAAGACACAAGCACCUCCGGCCAACAGGAGGAGGAUGUUUAAGACAAGAGGGACAAAGGAGACGGAGGUUGUUUCAACAGGGAAGAAAACUACAGAGUUGGAGCUGCCAUCGUCAGACCCGUACGAGUUCAAGAGUAGUCAGACAGUGAAACCAAAGCAGAAGAUUCAGAAACAGAGAGGAAGAAAGCCUGGGAAAAAGAAGGGGAACAAAUUCAGUUUGAAGAUGGCUGAUCUCCAGACCAAGGAGGCCAGUUCGUCUGAAGUGGGAGGAGGUGUAGAGUCUGAUAUGACUACGAAGAAAGACAAAAGCAAAGCUACAAAACAUGUCCAUUUCGCUUUGAAAAGUCCUGAUCAGGAACUGAGCAGCCUCAUUGAGAAGAUCGGAGACGCUGAGGAUCAUGAUUUUGCAUUUUGUACCCAGGAUGCUGUGUCCAAUAUGGCUGAGCAGGGAGGAGAUGGUGCUCAACUGGUUGAAGGGUUUGGUGACGUGAUGCAUGAAGACAUUGAGAUGAUUGAUUGCGAUGACACAGUCAAGGGCAGCUUUGGGAACGGUCCAACAGAUAAUCUCAAGUCACAGACCACCAACUCUAGUUCCUCCAACUCAAAUGACACGGAGAAGUCUCAGACUAUGUCAAUAAUACCACCAACACCGAUGUUGUCAGCUGCUACAGGUCAACCAGUUAGGAGCAUUCCGCCAUCACAUAUGGCCAAACAUCGUGGACAGGUCAGCAAGGUGACCACUGACCCCAGAAAUGAUGAGGUGCAUCUGACAGAUUCAGAUUCAUGUAGCCAAAUGCCUCUUCCCAUCCCUCGCAAGAAAUCAAAAUCUGCUGGUAGAGAAACAAAGACAGAUGCCGAGAAACUGGAUGUAGGGGAUGUGGCAUCAUUGGCAGAGAGCUCCGGACAGACUCACAUUUCACUCACGCCCAGUGUGGAGCUUGUCCACCAACAGGAUGUGAAUACUGCCAGGCAAGACAAUGACGUCACUCAGGACGACCUGCCGUCUUCAGGAAACAGCUCAUCCACAGAAGACCUCAACAUUUCUCUGGAAAACACACAGUUUGAAGAAGCUAAUCUAGACAUCCAGCCUGAUGAAAUCAAGAAGCAUCUGUCUCAGAUGUCAGAAGACAGUCAGUUGUCCAAGGCUGAAGGAUGCCCUGGACGUCAUCGAGAUGGAAGCACUGUAAAAGAUGCUGAUGGUGACAAGACCCCCAGCCAAGGUAGACCAUCCUCAUCUACUAGCAAGCAGAGGAAUACUGAGGAAAGACAAUCUGUAGUAAGCCUCAAUCAAGCACCUUCACAAUGUGGACUGUCCUCUGCUGGUAGAAUACAUCACAAAGCACAGGAACGACAAUGUAUUGUAAGUGACAAUCCAGGAUGCGCUCUAGCUGACCAGUGUUCAGAGGAUGAGGUGGAGACUAUUGCUGCAGACACUGCUACCACCAUGUGUAAUGUUCCACACAACUCACACAACUCACACUCUGUGACUACUGCAGAGAAUAUGGGCGCUGCAAACUCAGGGUCUGUGAUAGCAAAACAAGAUGAAGACAGUUGUGAGGAUAGUGGUAUGGCUGUUGGUAUUGAGAAGCUCGGGGUUCCGGAUGGUAAAAGUCAGAGUGAAGAUGCUACUCCUGAAAGUAUAGAAGAAGAGUCAGUGAACUUGAUAGAAGAUACUGCUGAGACCAACAGAGGCAGAUCUACGAGGUCGUUGAGAACUCGAGCAGGCAGACACGAGGCAGCCGGCAGUGCGACCACAUGUAAAUCUAGAGUUUCUCGAAGGAGUUCAAACAGAAAUAAGGACCCUGUUAUUGAAAUAGCGUGUUCAGAUACGGAGGAGGCUGUAGCUAUUUGUAAUGUAACAGACUCUAGGCAGGAGAAACAGAAGUUAAAGGAUCCAGUACCGGGAAUCUGUCACGUGGACAGCCAGGUGUCAACUCUCCCCACAUCCCUGCCUGUGGGAUGUGAUGAGCUGACCUUGCCCCCAGACGUGUGUGUCGGUGAUGACCAAGAGGCUGCUGAUGUUGUGGAAGUUGAUGGUGGAGCUGCAGAAGCAUCUGUAGAUGUUCCUGAAACUGUGACUGAAUCCUUGAGUCUACUCGAGCAGCCAGAUGAACAGGAUGUGACACCUGGAAGGUCGGGAGAAGCCUCCACUCUUGAAAGUGUCUCCAUUCUUAAGAAUUCUGACAUUGAUUUCAAAACAUCUAGGACAAGGAAUAAGAAUAAUCAACAGAAGGAUUCAACUGGAAAAGAAAUACGUCAGAAUACACAAGCUUUUGACAGAAGAAGCAAGCCUCAGAAGAGAAAGCGCCUUGAAGCAGGUGACGGUGAUGAGGACACUUCAGCCCUGCAUCAACUCCAGGACUCAGCUGAAGCUCCAAGUAUUCCUGAAGUCAGCAGUGCCCCUGUUACAAUUACACUUGAUGAUUCAGAUGAUGAGCCUCUUGUCAUUCAUAGGCCGAAGAGGAAAUGUUUCUCUCUUGAUGGAAGUCCUCUGCGAGCUCGAUCCAAAGAAUCCAGGAAAAAAUUAAGCAGGAGGGCAAAACCAUCCGCUAAGAAGUCUCUGGAGGUUGAAGGAACAUGUGUAAACGUAGAUCACGAACCAAUGGACACUGACGUGCGUGGGACUGUUGAAAGCAGCAACUGCAAAGGACAUAGUUUGGAUAAAAAUUCUGGCCAUGAUAAAAAAUCAGAGUUUGACAUUGUAUCAGUGCAUCACAAACAACAGUGUGUUGAUGAUACUCCACAGCUUGUGAAUACUAUCUCAGACAGCAGUCAGGUCCAGGAAUCCAUGGAGGACAUUUUUAACCGAAAUACAGAGCAGUCAUGGAACAUAGUCGUUGCUGGAGCAGACGAUGCAUCACAGAACACACUGGUGCCAACCUGCAACGAUGAUGAUGUUGACAGUCCCACAUGUUCCCCCGAACAAGCCACUGUGAAGGAGAGGAAGUCACAGUUCUUGGAUGCAGAUUCAAGUGAUUCUGACAGUCCCCAGACACCAAGAUCGGUUAAGAAGGGUGUUAAAGCUGCAAGAGGAUUGGCUUCACUGAAGAAGAAACAGCCGAGGGAAGAAAGUGCCAGCAGUCCAAUUGUAAUUUCCUCGUCAAAGUCUUCAUCAGGGAGAAUGCCAGAUUCUGUGAAUCAAGACAUUAGAGUUCAGUCUCAGUCGACCUCAUCACAGGAGAGAUGUCCACCUGCAAAGCAGCAGUUGUCCUUGACAGAUUCUGAAUGUGUCGGUCCAACUCCGAGUGAUGUAACUCAUGCUGGACCUGGUUCUGGGAGCAGAUCUCGGAAGAUGAAAGGAGCUGAUUCCAUGAGAAGGAAGAAGAAUGUGUUGGCAAGUGACAAUGAAGAUUUGGUAUCAGGGUGUGAACUGUCGGGAAGAUCAAAGGGAGAAGGGAAUGGACUGAAACAAAGACACAAAGGUGAACGUGCUUCACGGGUUAGUCUGCCUCUGAUUCAUCCAUCCACUAAGUAUAAGGCUAAAUCCAAAAGAAGGACGAAACAUGUGUUGUCAAGUGAUGAUGAUGAUGAAGUUGCAGCAGUUGAGUCUUCAGGGUGUGAACUCUCGGGAAGAUCUAAGAGUGAACCAUCUGGACAUAAACGAAGAUACAGAGUUAACUGUGAAAUAAAUCUCCCAACAGUUCAGUCCUCCAUUGAGGAUAAGGCUGAUGACGACAUUGUGGUGUUGGAUGACUUUGAGGAGCCUGCGGCCAGGACAGAGUGUUCCAGCUCUGAUGAAGAGUUUGUGCUCCGGGAUGACGAUGAAGUGAUAAGGAAAGCAGACAUGCCGGAAGGUGACGCAAUGUUUGCAGACCUGCCACAGACAAGCUCCCCUGUCCAUGCCAGUAGCCCUGUGCCAGACCCUGAGGAUGAGAGUGAUGAAGCUCCUGUUGGCGUGAGGAAGACAUCUCGACACGCCAUCAUCACAGACAGUGACAAUGAUGACAAUGACGAUGAUGAUGAUGAGAAUGAUGAUGGCGACCAACAGAUGAACUUUAUAUCGUCCAGUGCUUUCUCUAGUCAGAGUGAUGUCCUCACGACACAGCAACAAGGAAAACUGGAAAAAGACUUGGAGAAAAUGAGAGAGGAAAUCAGGCGUCUCGAAGCUAUGAAAGAUGAUGGUGCUGGAGAGGAUGUAGAUGGGACCAUGGUGGAGGUGGCGGAAGAUGUAGCAGAGGCAGACAUUGUGGAGGAUUACUGCAAGGUGUCGACGCCUGAUGUGAUCCCUGCAUCCAACAAGACAAAAGAUGGCGACGACUCAUCCAGUGAUGACGACCUGUUCCUCAGUCCGAGGUCGCCUUCUCCCCCGCCUGACUUCGACAGACUCCCCAAGCCACGGAAGUCAGCUGAAAUCAUCAAAGCCUUUGAGAUAAUUGAGAAGUUUAAAUCUCCAGACCGUUCCAAGUCUUCCAGAAGUCGGACAGUUCUCAGUCCACUUCAGACCGGCAACCUGGGAAAGCCCAGAUCGGAGAAGAUUGUCCUCAUCACAAGCGGACUGAACCGAGAACAGGCGACGUCUGUCCAGGAGUUCAGUAAGGUCACCGGCAGUGUCUUCUUCCCCAAGUUCAACAAGACCGUCACCCACCUUGUUGUCAAGAAAGCUGCAGGUGAGAGUCACCCUGUCUGUGACCGGACUCUCAAAUACUUCCAAGGGAUUGUGGGCAAGUGCUGGGUGGUGUCCUUCGACUGGGUGCGAGACUCACUCCUCGCCAACAAGCCACUUCCAGAGGACAAAUACGAGAUUGUUGGAGACACAGUGAUAGUGGAGGACCACCAUGGCCCACGGAGGUCACGGACGUCGGACAAGAAGCUGUUUUCUGGGUUUACACUCACAUGUAUCGGAGUCAGCGAUGAAAUGACGAAAGAUGACAUGAGCCUGCUACUGCAGCAGGGCGGGGCCACACUGGCUGACGACCCCUGGGAACUGGGCAAGAUGGCUGCCGCCAUUCCGCUGAUCAUCCGUUGUCUGGACACCGAGGACGAGGCACCCACCAAGUCGGAGGUGGAGCAUUUCAACUGCUUCUACAAACACAACCGCCUCAUCACCGUGUCCAGGGAGUGGGUCCUCGACAGCAUCAGCACCUGGCGGCUCCAGCCCCUGGACGACUACGUCCUCAACAACAUCAAAAACAUCGUCCUUCCUUUCUGAUAGCUGUCUCCGAGACAACAUCCACAUAAAUCUUCUUUCUGAUAGCUAACUGUAUCCAAGACAGCAUCGUCAAUCCUCAACAACAUCAGCAACAUCAACUACAUUGUCAAUCCUCAACAAUCUUGUCAUUAGUCAGAUAUGUUGAUAUGAUGUGGGAAUUGGUUGGCAAUAACACUUGCCCAACUUUGAAUUAUCUACUCUCAUGUGAUACUGAUGUACGGGGAUAUAUGUUUGGCUAUACUUGGAUAUAUGUUUGGCUAUUCGUGGAUAAGGUGGUAGGGUAGCCUAGUGGUUAAAGCAUUCACUCGUCACACUGAAAACCCAGGUUCGAUUCCCGACAUGGGUACAAUGAAGCCCUUUUCUAGUGUCCCCCGCCAUGAUAUCGCUGGAAUAUGGUUAAAAGCGGCGUAAAACCUUACUUACUCACUAUAAGUUGAUAUAUGUUUGGCUAUACUUGGAUAUAUGCUUCGCUAUUCUAGGAUAUGUGCUUUGCUAUACUCAGAUAUGUUUGAUUAUACUCCUCACUUGGUAAACUAUCCAGGAAGACCAACUGAUAUGAAACAUAUUCCAAUAGCCAUUUCAUAGGCUUUACCACAUUUCAGAGCUUUGGGAACAAAACGUUCAGUUCAAUGAAAUGUUUACGAUUCUGUGAAUUGUAUCUUUUAGUUUUCGAUUUUCGUUCAGUGUGUGUGUGUGUGUGUGUGUGUGUGUGUGUGUGUGUGUGUGUGAAUGCCACCUCAUAACUCACUGGUAAAGGGAAGUAACUUGUGUGACAGCCACAUCACCUUCAGAGCUGUGAACAGUUAAAUACAAUAAUCAGGAAUCAAUGAUUCAAAGGCAAAGCCUUUUUUUUUUUACUUGUGUGUGUGAGAUAUCUGUCUGUGUGAGGUAUCUGUGAGUCUGUGUGAGGUAUCUGUCUGUGUGU